AUGGCGAAUUUAAAGACGGACUUGGAUCAAUAUUUGCUCAAGAAUGAAACGAGACGAAGUUACAAUUUUAGUUUACCAUCGUUUUCAACGCCUAGUUUUCUGAGCAGGAGUACUGAUGAAAGUCCCACUUCAAGCACUACUCCUUCGUGGUUUGAGAAUGUACAAAAGGAAUACUUCACAUUGAGCCGAACACAGCGAUUUAUGGGAUUUGGAAUAUGUCUCUUCCUCGGAGUCCUCUGUUUCAUUUUAUCAUUCUUAUAUUUACCAGUAAUAGUACUAAAAUCAAUGAAGUUUUCAUUACUGUUCACACUAGGAAGCAUUUUCUUCAUUUUAAGUUUCAGUUUCCUGUAUGGACCAUGGAGUCAUCUUAAGUCAAUGUUCAGCAAAGAGCGAGCCCUCACCACCACCUUGUACAUGCUGACGCUUAUAGCCACAUUAUACUGUGCAUUAUACUUGAGAAGCACACCAUGGACAGUAGUGUGUGCUAUACUACAAGUUAUAACCCUAUUUUGGAUGUUAAUGGGUUCUAUACCCGGAGGAUCAACUGGAGCGAGAUAUUUCGGCAGCAUGUUCAAAUCAUCUGUCUCUAACACUUUGCCGAUAUAA